UGGGGCAGGAGGGCCCCAACUGGGCCCCGGGUGGACGCCUCGUCCCAGUGGCACCGACGCGCUCUCGCCCCCGCCAUGCUCCUGCUGCUAGGGCUGUGCUUGGGGCUGCCGCUCUGCGCGGGGUCUCUGGAAGACGCGAGAACCCGGGAUGACACUUCGGAACAAGUUGGACGCAGGUUGCCAAGGCAAGCCCGACUGUUGCAAAGGCUGAAAACCAAACCCUUGAUGACGGAAUUCUCGGUGAAGUCUACCAUUAUUUCUCGUUACGCCUUCACUACGGUUUCCUGUAGAAUGCUGAAUAGAGCUUCCGAGGACCAGGAAAUUGAGUUUCAGAUGCAGAUUCCAGCUGCAGCUUUCAUCACCAACUUCACUUUGCUCAUUGGAGACAAGGUGUAUCAGGGAGAAAUUACAGGGAGAGAAAAGAAAAAUGGUGAUAAGGUAAAAGAGAAAAGGAAUAAAACCUCAGAAGAUAAUGGGGAGAAGGGGACUGAUAUGUUCAGAGCCUCUGUCGUGAUUCCCAGCAAGGACAAAGCUGCCUUCCUCCUCAGUUAUGAAGAACUCUUACAGAGGCGGCUGGGGAAGUAUGAGCACGUUAUCAGUGUGCGGCCCCAGCAGUUGGUGGGGAGGCUGAUGGUGGAAGUGAACAUUCUGGAGAGGUCCGGCAUCGAGUCCCUGGAGGUGCUACCCUUACAGCACAGCCGGCAGAAGGACAGUGGGAGAGGGGAAGAUGAUUCUGGGCUGCCUCCUUCUACUGUUAUCAACCAAAAUGACACUUUUGCCAAAGUCACUUUUAAGCCAAGUGUGGUCCAACAAGCCAGGAUUGCUCAGAAUGGCAUUUUGGGAGAUUUCAUCAUUAGAUAUGAUGUCAACAGGGAACAGAGCAUUGGGGACAUCCAGGUUCUAAAUGGCUAUUUUGUGCACUACUUUGCCCCCAAAGACCUACCUCCUUUGCCCAAGAACGUGGUAUUUGUGCUUGACAGCAGUGCCUCCAUGGUAGGAACCAAGCUCCGGCAGACCAAGGAUGCCCUGUUCAGGAUUCUCCACGACCUCCGACCCCAGGAUCAUUUCAAUAUCAUUGGAUUUUCCAACCGCAUCAAAGUGUGGAAGGACCAUUUGGUAUCAGUGACUCCGGACAAUGUGAGAGACGGCAAAGUCUAUAUUCACCACAUGUCUCCCACUGGAGGCACAGACAUCAACGGGGCCCUGCAGAGGGGCAUCAAGCUGCUCAACGACUAUGUGGCCCACAACGACAUCGAAGACCACAGCGUGUCCCUCAUCAUCUUCCUGACCGAUGGGAAGCCCACCGUUGGGGAGACCCACACCCUCAAGAUUCUCAACAACACCAAGGAGGCUGCCCGAGGCCAAAUCUGCAUCUUCACCAUCGGCAUCGGGAAUGACGUGGACUUCAUGUUGCUGGAGAAACUGUCACUGGAGAACUGUGGCCUCACACGGCGAGUUCUUGAGGAGGAUGACGCGGGCUCGCAGCUCAUCGGGUUCUACGAUGAGAUCAGGACCCCGCUGCUCUCGGACAUCCGCGUGGAUUAUCCGCCGGCCUCGGUGGAGCACGCCACCAGGACCGUGUUCCCCAACUACUUCAACGGCUCGGAGAUCGUCACCGCGGGGAAGCUGGCCGACAGCCAGGCGGGGCGGCUGCACGUGGAGGUCACGGCCAGCAACAGCCAGAGGUUCGUCCUCCUGAAGACCGACGUGGCCCUGGAGCCCCACCAGGCGGGCAGGGGCGGGGGCGCCGAGGGCCGCAACCACGUGGAGCGGCUCUGGAGCUACCUGACCCUGAAGGAGCUGCUGAGCUCCUGGCGCCACAGCGGCGACGAGCGGGAGAAGCAGCGCCUGGGGCAGAGCGCGCGGACUCUGGCCGUGGCCCGCGGCUUCCUCACGCCGCUCACCGCGCUGCACCUGAGCCGGCGGGCGCUGCAGCCGCACCAGCUGGAGGACGCGCGCGGCGCGGCGGCCGCCCUGGGCCCCGAGCCGGUGGUGCAGCGCCUGCGCGGCGCCGGCGGGCGGCCAGGACCUGCUCUGAAGAAACCAUACAGCCCAAGAAUUAAAGUCUCCAAAACCUCAGUGGAUGGAGAUCCCCAUUUUGUCGUGGAUUUCCCCCUGAGCAAGCUCACUGUCUGCUUCAACAUCGAUGGGCAGCCAGGGGACAUCCUAAGGCUCGUCUCCGAUCACGCGGACUCUGGCGUGACCGUGAACGGGGAGCUGAUUGGGGCCCCGGCGCCCCCAAGCGGCCACAAGAAGCAGCGCACCUACUUCCGCACCAUCACCAUCCUCGUCAGUAAGCCCAAGAGAUCUUAUCUGGAGAUCACACCCAACAGAGUCAUCUGGGACGGUGGGGAUAGGCUGGUCCUGCCCUGCAACCAGAGCACAGCGGUGGGGAGUCGGGGGCUGGAGGUGUCCGUGUCCGCCAAUGCCAAUGUCACCGUUACCGUCCGGAGCACCAUUGCCUUCGUCAUCCUCAUUCACCUGUACAAAAAGCCGGCCCCCUACCAGCGCAACCACCUGGGUUUCUACAUCUCCAACAGCGAGGGCCUCUCUGGCAACUGCCACGGACUGUUAGGUCAGUUCCUGAACAAGGAUGCCAGCCUCACAGAGGAGCCUACUCACCCUGCAUUCCCGAAGGCAGGCGAGCAGUCUGAGACCUUCCUAAAGGUGAAAGGACACCAGGUCCCGGUGGUCUGGAAACAGCGGAAAAUCUACAAUGGGGAAGAGCAGGUGGACUGCUGGUUUGCCAGGAACAACGCAGCCAAACUGAUCGACGGGGAGUACAAAGAUUACCUGGCAACCCAUCCUUUUGACUCAGAGACGUCAUUCGGCCUGGGACUCUCCAGGGGACUCUGACACCAGCAGCCUGAACGCACGAGAGCGUGACAGGGAAGUGGUCUCUGGGGUCCCCGCGGUGCGCUUCCUGUCGCUCGCGCAUGCCUGGUGUCUUGGCAGUUAGCUGCCUCCAGUGACCUUCCCUCGGUGGCAUGUAGGCCCAGGGUCUGCUUGAGUGAAGGGUAGAGUCAGGACUCGGAAGCAGAAAUGUUAUUUCCUUCUACUUCCUGCUCCUGCCUCCCCCCUCCCUCUGUCCGGUAGAGAAAGAUGGUGGCCCCAAGGGGGAAAGCAAGACGUCUGCGUCUCGUUCCAACUGGCUUGUCUGUCUCCUAGCCUGUCAUAAGGUAACUGAUGAAGAAACAUUGCCACAAAGCUCCCUUUCUCUGGAAAUGACGAAGUUUGGGCACUCUGCUUUCCACCUUAUUCUAAUGCUUAGCAAUCUCUCCUCUUAGAACUACCGUCUUCUCCAGAUGUGUGGCCAACCUCUGCCUCAGGGGAACCUCUCCUUGGGCCCCGGCCAUGGGUCAGGCAAAUAGCUCAUAGAUUUGAUCAUUGUAAACAAUUAAGUCUUUUCUUGGGAGAGGAUUUUCUUCCACUGUGAUAUCUUGCCCUUGAAAGUGAGUUUGCAUUAAAAAAAAAAAUUGGUUGAAAAU